GCUAUGCAUUGUGGGACACGGAGUAAGAUGGAAGCGGCCACCAGGACCAUGUUGCAGCCUCAAUAACACAUAUUUUUAAGCGUAAUAUCUCCUUAUAAGGCUGGACUUUAUGCUCUGUUGUACUAAUAACUAGAGUUUUAACUGGGCAGAAGAUCGCUGCUGGACGUGGAAACCGAUACACUUCAGACAUGUCGGUGCUGGGAGGGUUACUGAGAGCUGCAGGGACUCUGCUCCACACAGCCAGGAGCAUUUCUACUGGUACAUGCUGCCGGAUCAGGAUGCAUGCCAUCCCUGAGCUGAAGAAGGUGGACAGGUGGACUGAGAAGAGGAGCAUGUUUGGAGUUUAUGAUAACAUAGGCAUCUUAGGGGACUUUAAAGCUCAUCCCAAAGACCUCAUUGUGGGUCCCUGCUGGCUGAAGGCUUUCAAAGGCAAUGAACUGCAGCGUCUAAUUAGAAAGAAGAAGAUGGUGGGAGACAGAAUGAUGACUCUGGAAAGACACAGCAUGGAGAAGAGGAUCCGCUUCCUCUACAGACGCUUCAACCGCGUUGGCAAACACCGCUAACACUGAACGACACCAUACUGGCAAAUACAUCGGACCUGCCAACAAGGACUGCUGGAGUCUGUCUGUGUGAUUUCUUGCUGUCAAAGUGCUGUAUAUUGCCAUUUUUUCUAAGUUAUCAUCUUCAUAUGAAGAGACGAUGUGUGUGUUUCAGAGUAGCAUACUUCCUCUACUUCUGUUUAUUGUUUGUUUUCGGUUCGUUAACAUAAAUGAUAUAAAAGUGUAAAAUUC